AUGGUACCCACUGUUGGUGAACUAAAUGAAGAAGAGUCUAGAGAAGAGGCUGGAAGCACAUUGUUGCAUGCCCCUCUUAUGGGAAGAAAGCUUGAAGUACCACACCCUCAGAUGCCCCAAAAGGAGACCAAUGAAGAGCACUGCUCACAAUCCUUGGAAGACUCUAAAAAGAUGCAAACCAAUAUUCCUUUUGUUGAGGUUUUGAAGCAAUGGUCUCUCUCUACUAGAAAAAACCUCUCUGAUAUUGAGAGAGGCAAAUUGGUGCUGAGGUUAAAGAAGGAUUACAUGAUUAUCAAGUGUGACCUCUACAAAGGUAUCUGUGAAGCUGUUGUGAAUGGAGAUAAUUCGGCAACUACAUAUGGUAGACGUAUAGUCUUUCCAGCAACUUUUGUUGGAGGUCCUAAAUAUAUAAUUCAGAAUUAUCAAGAUGCUAUGGCAAUUUGUACCAAAGUUGGUUAUCCUGAUUUAUUCUUGACCUUUACAUGCAAUCCUAAAUGGCCAGAAAUAGUGAAUCAUUUGUCUACUAGGGGACUAAAAGCUGAAGACAGGCCUGUCAUUGUAUGUAGAACGUUUAAAAUGAAGCUUGAUAGCUUGGUUAAAGAACUUCCUGUAAAUAUGUUAUUUGGAAGGGUCGUUGCAGUGGUAUACACUAUUGAAUUCCAGAAGCGUGGUUUGCCUCACGCACAUAUACUGUUAUUUCUUCAUAAAGGGGACAAGUUGCCUACUCCUGAUGAUAUUGGUAAGAUUAUAUCUGCAAAAAUACUAGAUAAAAGCGUUGAUGCAAAGUACUAUGAAGCAGUCAGUAACUUGAUGAUUCAUGGUCCAUGUGGAGCUUCCUUAAAGGAUUCACCAUGUAUGGACAAUGGUAGAGACAAUGGCAGAACUAUAAAGAAAUCUGGAAUUGAAUUAGAUAACAGAUGGGUUAUUCCACACAAUCAAAGUUUAUUGUUAAAAUAUGGUGCUCACAUCAAUGUUGAGUGGUGUAAUCAAUCUAGGUCAAUUAAAUAUUUGUUCAAGCAUGUUAACAAGGGUCAUGACCGUGUUACUGCUUCCUUUUAUCGCGAGGGGUCUAUGGAAUCAUUAUGUGAUGAGAUUGAUGAGAUAAAGAUGUACUAUGAUUAUCACGAAUCAUUGAAAGAUGUGGUCGAAAGGCCAACUAUCAAUCAAUCCAUGUUUUUGGCAUGGUUUGAAGCAAAUCGUGAAUUCGAGGAAGCAAAACAGUUGAGCUAUGUAGACUUUCCUUCCAAAUUUAUAUGGAAUGCUAAUUCCAAUAAAUGUCAUCGAAGAAGGUCACAUCAUGAGGCAUGUAUUGCUCGUGGUUUGUUGGAUAAUGACAGAGAAUAUAUUGAAGCAAUUGAAGAAGCAAGCAUUUGGGGUUCUGGCGAAUACCUUAGGAAUCUAUUUGCCACUCUUCUAUUUUCUAACUCAAUGAAUAGACCUCUAUAUGUUUGGGAGAAGACAUGGGAAAUACUCUCUGAUGAAAUUCAAACAAUUCUCAAGAGAAAUAAUCGUAGUCUAAUGGACUACCCUGACAUGCCUUUUCCUAACAUUGAUUUUGAGGAUGACGUUUCUUGCGAUCUUUCAAAUAAUAACCUAUUCAAUGAUGAAUUGUUGUACGACAGACAAUACUUAAGGUCAACGUAUUUAAUAAAACUUGCAAAGAUGACCACUGAGCAAAAGAAUGUUUAUGACACUAUUAUCAACAGUGUCGACUGA